UGCAACAGUGUUUUCUAUUGAGAGAGCCGCUUGCUAUAGCCAUGGCAACGACAUCAUCAAAAGCGUCGGCCAAUCGCAUGGCCAAGAUAAAGGUAUCAGAAUGCACCAGAACGAAUCGCCCAGGUUUGUGCCAUACCUUGUGGCUGCAGUGGGUGUGGGCUGGCAGGCUGUGACCGUGCCGGCUUUGGGGGAGCUGGAACAAGUGGAUCUCCGAGGGAAGACGGUGAUCAUCACAGGCUCCACCUCGGGACUUGGCCAAGCACAAGCAGAGGUGAUGGCAGCCUGGAAUGCAUCUUUGGUCCUUCCCGUGCGGGACAUGAAGAAAGGAAAAGCCUUGCAAGAGAGACUGCAGCAGGAGAACCCUUCCGCACCUCCACCAGUUGUAAUGGAAAUGGAUCUUGCCUCUCUCGAAAGCGUUCGUGCAUUUGCAGAUCAAUACACAGGGCCUGUGGAUGUUCUGGUCCACAAUGCAGCUGUUUUGGGUACCGGUGAGCUGAUCCGUACUCAGGAUGGCUUUGAGGAAUGCUCCCAGGUCAACUACCUUUCCCCGUUCUUGCUGACGUCCCUACUGCUGCCUCGUUUAGAGCAGAGUGAGGAAGCGCGGAUUGUACACGUGUCAGCCAAAGCCCAUGAGUGGGGAAAGAUCAGUGUAGAGGAAUUUCGACGUCGGAAAGUCCUCGACUUGGAAUUCCCAAAGAGGCAAAUGCGCAUGUUGGGAAACUUGGGUGGCUCGUAUGCGGAUUCGAAGCUAGCUCAGGUACUCUUUUCUCAAGCCUUGGCCAGACGUUUGCCAGCAAAUGUUGUGACGCAUAGCUUGCACCCUGCAAUUGUUCAGACACCUUUGGUCCAAUCACUGUCUCAGCCAGGGUUGCAGACGUACUUGCACGAUUACAUAAUGCUGCCUGUAUUGAGACUGACUGGCUUCGCACAGUCGGAGGAGGAUGGGCCGAAGACACAGAUUCAUGUGUCCACUCAUCCGGCUGUGCAGGCAGUGUCAGGACGCUACUACUCGGCACUUGCACCUCCCCUGGUGAAUUGCGGUCGGGAGGCAGAAGAUUGUGGGUGGUCCAGCAUAUCUGCCACUGCAUCUGAUCGAUUUUUGCAAGAGGAGCUGUUUGAAGCUUCCUGUGAACUACUUGGGUUGACCACUGGCCUUUGCGGUCGUCAGCCGUAAGCAGAAAAGACAUGCACAUCCAAGAUCAUCCAACUGCCUACUGGGCAGCUUUUGCAAACUGCAGCUGUUUGUUAUUGCUUGGUAGCGUAAUCUUGUCUGGACUCUGGAUGGACUCACCUUUGGUAGGUCACAGCUGGUGGCACAUUGCAGCUCACAGUGAACCUGGCACUGAUCGAUUGAUUCUUGAG